CAUUCGCGUCCAAGUUUGCGUUUCGUUCACUUGGACAACCUACUUAACUCUGGGACUGACACAUGAGACGGCCGCGCACCAUUGGCGUAACCAACUUGGUGGUAGAAUACCCUGAUAAGAACUUCUGCCGCUGCGUGCUUUGCGAUAGGACCCUCUCCGGCUGCCUGCGAAGCAACAUCAAGCGGCACUACUAGCGGCUGCAUCCGGAAGUCGUUCUGCCACGGCCCCAAGGCAAAGGAGCACCCGUGGAAACGAAGGACAAAGGAACCCCGGUAGAAGCGAAAAAGACAGUUACAAAGGUCAGAAGGAUGGGACGAGUAGCGCUUGUGGAGACGCUUACGCUGGCUAAGUUGGAGCCGGAUGGCAAGCAUUGCCGCUGCCGCAUCUGCAACGAGACACUCAUCUACCUUUCGGCCAAUGUGCGCCGACACUACAAGAACUGUCACCCAGAGUACAUACCGGAUCAGACGGUGGCACAUCCACCAGCGGAGAAUAGGAAGCACUUGCGUCGGAGUCAAACCAAAUCGAAUCCAGGUCUAGAUCCUGCGAAGGCACAGAGCAGCACCAAGGAAUCGGGCGACGAGGAGGAGGAGGACCACCCCAGUGGCCAGCUCUCCAAUGAACACUUCGAGAGCAUCUUCAUUGGAAAGACGGAGGUGGCGGAGGUCGAGGAUGAGGAGCUGUCAGACGAUCAACUGGUCGAUGCCGACGAGAUGCGCUUCUCAGAGGCACUCAACCAGACAGUGCCGGCCAUUUCAGCGACCUGGUCGAUGCGCAGCUCACCUUCGGCUCCACCGUCUACAUCCACUUUCUCCAUCGGAGCGUCCACUACACUGUCCGGAGACGAUGCCUCCUAUCUACAAUAUCUGGGCAAUAAGUAUAAGAAGUACUCCGCGCGCACCAAGCAAACGGUUCAGUUCCAGAUAAAUCGCAUUUUGUACCGGGCCGACAUGGGCCACUUCGAUAAAGACGAAGCCAAAAAGCCCAAUGAAUCGGAAGAGGCAGACCGAACAUGUUUGUAGCUAUAGGAGGAACUUUAACAUUUACAUAUUAUUAAUACAUAUAAUACUUGUAUAUUCAUUUGUCGAUGGCUGUUACGGGAAGAGCGCAAGGAUAUUAUUUUUUGUGAUGUUAAUGGAUGUAGCUUUAGGCCGUGAAUCUUUAUAGCUAUUAUUUAAGCGAAACUCUUUAAGAAAUUGAUUUUUUGUCAAUACUUUUUUUUGUCAUCAAUUAAUUAUAACACUUUAAACAUUUGUUGCUUAAGAGAAGUACUCUAAAAGUAUAGUUUAUUAGAUCCGUUAAGAAUUUAUGUAUAAGGCAAAUCGGAAAUAUGGGUUCGGAAACGAUUACUUCUCUGGGAAAUCUAUUUUUGUAAAAUUUUAUUUUGCAUAUUUUCAUUAUUUCAUAUCAUUAUUUGUUGCUUAAGAGAAGUACUCUAAAAGUAUAGUUUAUUAGAUCCGUUAAGAAUUUAUGUAUAAGGCUAAUCGGAAAUAUGGGUUCGGUAACGAUUACUUCUCUGGGAAAUCUAUUUUUGUAUAAUUUUAUUUUGCAUAUUUUGUUGAUAAAUCAAUUAAUUAUAACACUUUAAACACUUGUUGGUUGAGAGAAGUACUCCAAAAGUAUAGUUUAUUAGAUCCGUUAAGAAUUUAUGUAUAAGGCAAAUCGGAAAUAUGGGUUCGGAAACGAUUACUUCUCUGGGAAAUCUAUUUUUGUAAAAUUUUAUUUUGCAUAUUUUCAUUAUUUCAUAUCAUUAUUUGUUGCUUAAGAGAAGUACUCUAAAAGUAUAGUUUAUUAGAUCCGUUAAGAAUUGAUGUAUAAGGCUAAUCGGAAAUAUGGGUUCGGUAACGAUUACUUCUCUGGGAAAUCUAUUUUUGUAUAAUUUUAUUUUGCAUAUUUUGUUGAUAAAUCGAGGCCAUGUUAUGGUAUAUACAGAAAUCAAAUCACACCUAUAUUGUUGUUCCAUUUAAGUGCCACAAUUAACGCUUCUUUCAGGUAUUCCAUGCACCCCCACAUCGGGGCACAUUCAAAUCAGGUCACAUCCCCCACCAGCAGCACCCAUGGCUUGCUGGCGCUCCUCUUGAUGU